AUGCUGCCAAAAACAGCUUUUCUGCUGCUGAUGUGCUUGAACUCAGUUCAUGGAGGGUUUUAUGCUGAACGAUACCAAACGCCCACAGGCAUAAAAGGCCCAGGAUCCCACACCAAAACACAAUUCUUCAUUCCCUACGCCAUAAAGAGUAAAGGCGUACCAGUAAGAGGAGAGCAAGGUGUUCCUGGACCAGCAGGCCCGACUGGACCUCGAGGGCACCCAGGUCCUUCUGGACCACCAGGAAAACCAGGCUAUGGAAGUCCAGGGCCCCAAGGGGAGCCAGGGUUGCCAGGACCACCAGGACCAUCGGUUACUGGGAAACCAGGUAUACCAGGACUCCAAGGAAAGCCAGGAGAAAGAGGACCAUAUGGACCCAAAGGAGAUAUUGGACCAGCUGGUUUACCAGGACCGCGGGGUCCACCAGGGCCACCUGGAAUCCCUGGCCCAGCUGGGAUUUCGGUAGCAGGAAAACCUGGACAACAGGGACCUACAGGAGCCCCUGGACCAAGAGGCUUUCCUGGAGAAAAGGGCGGGCCAGGAGUCCCUGGAGUGAAUGGACAGAAGGGGGAAACAGGAUAUGGGGCUCCUGGCCGCCCAGGUGAGAGGGGCCUUCCAGGUGCUCAGGGGCCCAUGGGACCACCUGGCCCUACUGGAGUAGGGAAAAGGGGUGAAAAUGGGCUCCCAGGUCAGCCAGGUAUCAAAGGUGUUCCAGGCUUUCCAGGGGAAAGGGGCCCUGCUGGCCCACCAGGGCCCCAAGGCCCUCCUGGGGAACGAGGACCUGAAGGCAUCGGGAAGCAAGGGCCCACUGGUUCCGCAGGUCAGCCAGGGAUUCCAGGGGCCAAAGGUCACCCUGGGGCUCCAGGAUUAGCUGGGCCCCCAGGAGCUCCUGGUUUUGGCAAACCAGGUUUACCAGGCUUGAAAGGGCAAAGAGGACCUGCUGGUCUACCAGGGAGCCCAGGUGUCAAAGGGGACCAGGGGCCAGCAGGUCAUCCUGGAGAGCCAGGUCUUCCAGGACCCCCUGGAAAUAUGGGUCCCCAAGGGCCAAAAGGCAUCCCAGGCAACCAUGGAAUCCCAGGUUCUAAAGGUGAGGCCGGGCCCGCAGGACCUGCUGGCUACCCUGGGGCAAAGGGAGAAAGAGGCUCCCCAGGUUCAGAGGGUAAACCAGGGUAUGCAGGAGAGCCGGGUCUCAAUGGUCCUAAGGGCAGCCCAGGUUUACCAGGCCCCAAAGGUGACCCUGGAGUUGACGGGUCUCCUGGUCUCCCAGGUUCUGUGGGCCCAGCAGGAGCUAAGGGAGUGCCUGGACAUCCUGGGGAGCCUGGCCCAAGAGGUGCUUCUGGAAUACCAGGUACUAAAGGCCCCAUUGGGCCACCAGGUAUUCCAGGAUUCCCUGGAUCUAAAGGGGAUCCAGGAAAUCCAGGUCCUCCUGGCCCAGCUGGAAUAGCAGCUAAAGGUCUCAGUGGACCCAUAGGGCCACCAGGACCUCCAGGCCCCAAAGGCAAUGCUGGAGAGCCAGGCCCUCCAGGGCCCCCAGGACCGCCUGGUCCUCCAGGCCAAGAAGCCAUGCCAGAGGGCUUCAUAAAGGCAGGCCCAAGGCCAGGUAUUUCUGGAACGCCUCUUGGUAGUGCCAAUCAAGGUGUGACAGGAAUGCCUGUGUCUGCUUUUACCGUCAUUCUCUCGAAAGCUUACCCAGCCAUAGGCACCCCCAUCCCGUUUGAUAAGAUUCUGUAUAACAGGCAACAUCAUUAUGAUCCAAGAACUGGAAUCUUUACCUGUAGGAUCCCAGGAAUAUACUAUUUCUCCUACCAUGUGCAUGUGAAAGGGACCCACGUUUGGGUGGGCCUGUAUAAGAACGGCACCCCUGUCAUGUACACCUAUGACGAAUAUACCAAAGGCUACCUGGAUCAGGCUUCAGGUAGCGCAAUAAUUGAUCUCACAGAAAAUGACCAAGUGUGGCUUCAGCUGCCCAAUGCCGAGUCGAAUGGCCUGUACUCUUCUGAGUAUGUCCACUCCUCUUUCUCAGGAUUCCUAGUGACGCCCAUGUGA